AUGCCUGCUGACAUGAAGCCUUGGACACCGCACAUGCAGGGUGUUGGCCUACCCAAGAGUCAGCGUGUGCUUGAGGUUCUUGACCUUUUCGCAUGGCAGGCUUUGUUGCAGCGCACCACAGCCUCCGUUGCACUGCGUAUGAGUUUCGCAGACAAGAAAACCAUGCUGCAGGAUGCCUAUGUAGAUGUCUCGCAGAACCCCAAGUUUUGCAGUGUAAACAGCCCUGGAAAGCCCGUGGGUUGUUUGACGACGAGUACUAUCCUCUACUCCUACGGCAGGGAUCGUGUUCUUAUACCACAGGAGUACAUGCUUUUGCAAGGUCAUCGCCGAGGAUACAAGUUGCCUGCCUCUGGCAACCAGGUGCGGCAACUUGCAGGCGAAGGAAUCUGCUUGCCUGUCCUUGGCGUGGUCAUUUGGGCAAUGUACCUAGUCAAGGGCCUGCCGUAG